AUGCGCACGGUAAUGGAGAUGCGUAUGGUCGCAAUGAGCGGUGCUAUCAGGGCCAAGCCAGGCUGGACCGUCAAGAUGCAGGACGGUGCGAUUCGCCAGAAGUGGACUACUGAGGCCAAAAGCCAGGGUCUGACUGAUCUAGAAAUCAAGUAUGUUCUGGAAGAACUCGACUACUACGCCAAGCUGAAAGACUGGCACCCGAGCACGAACGAGCAGGUGCUGAACCUCAUCCAUCCGUCGCUGUACCCACUCUUUUACGACGGGUCUUUCCUGUGCCAGCCCAUCGCCUCGCCAGCUGCCGCCCUGGAACCGCUGACUAUCAAGCAGUACUGCUGGCUCCCUAGUGAGUUCCAUGUUCGCGACGAUGGCUCGGUCGAAGUCGAGUCGUACAUCAAUAACCUCCAUCCUGUGAGGCAUGCAAAGCUGUAUCCAACUAUUGCAAACAUCUUUGCUCGUUUCGUGCCCAUGUUUGAGAACAUGGUCACGGAUCUUGCGUUUAUGCAAGAUGGAAACCCAGACUUGGUCGAAAGCGAUGGCGCGGAUUCAGGAGAAAGUGAUGUGGUUGGGUUUGACGACGAGUAUAGAAGGUGGCUAGAAACCAGGGAGUUCAUUCCGCCUCCUCCAGAGGAGUUCAAAAUGCCAGACCGUCCUAUUCCUGCCUUCAGCUUCCGUAGUCGUCGCCUUCAGGCGAUCGUCAAGAUGUCGAACAUCGUGCUGACUCCAGACAAGCCAGAGUACGAGGGAGGCAGCUGGCAUGUUGAAGCCAUGGCCAACGAGCAUAUCGUUGCCACGGGAAUCUACUACUACGAUGUCGACAAUAUCACAGAGAGCAGGCUCAACUUCCGUCAGUCCAUCAAGAGGUUGAUUCACUAUGAGCAAGGUGAUAAGCGUGGCGUAAGGCUUGGAUAUGGCAUUGAAGUGGAUGGCAAUCUAGAUGCUAUGUUGUCUCAAGAACUUGGCAGCGUUGAGGCACUCAGCGGUCGCUGCAUUUGCUUCCCAAAUAUCUACCAGCACCAGGUCUCUGGCUUCAAGCUCAAGGAUCCGUCGAAGCCUGGCCACCGCAAGAUCCUUGCCUUUUUCCUCAUCGAUCCGUCCAUGAGGAUCCCAUCAACCAAGGUCGUUCCCCCGCAGCAGCAGGACUGGUGGGCUGAGAAGCUGUUCGAGCUCCCGCGAUUUGGCAGCCUGCCUCUUACAAUCAACGACUGCUUGUUCGAGCACAUUGAGUGGCCCAUGUCGCUUGAAAAGGCCAGGGAAGAGCGCCUGAAACUGAUGGCCGAGCGUUCGACAAACAACGAGACUGCUACCUCCAUGUAUUUUGAGCAAAGGUUCAACCUGUGCGAGCACCAGCAUGUCUGCCAGCUAAUUCCCUGUUGUCAACAUUUUAACAAUAGGGAGAGGGGUGGGCCAAGCAACCACCGCCACAAAACGGCAUAUGGCAUUGUUGCAUGGGUGCUAUUUUACUUGUUUGGUGGCGAAAUCAAAUUGUUGGAUGUCCACACAAUAUAG